AUGGCGUUCGGUUUUGCGUCCAGCCCCGCUGGGGCGAAUAUACCAGCUGAGCUCGGACCUGAGCUCCCCGAUGUCUAUGCGGAGGAAGUGGGCUUUAAAGGUGUUUCCGGCGAUACCAACAUUCGACUGUUGCCCACCCCUUGGCCCGAGGACGCCCUCCCCUCCCCAACUAGCUCGCUCCUCGCUGUCGCACCAACUAAAGGCGUCAUCGUUGGUGCUGGGCCCGACUCCCUGGUUAUCGCCUCCUCCGACGCCGUCCGAAAGACCAUCGCCGCCCCCACCGGCGAAGAUAAGGUCAAAACAAAGCCUUUCCAGCCCCAGGCUACGAUCUCCCUUCCUGCGCGGCCAACACAUGUCGCCUUCGUUUCCGGUGAAAGCGCACUAGUUGUGGCAACGGAGAAUGGAGCCCAACUCGCCGUCUACGAGACCGCCAGCCUGACGACGGGAAAUGCGCAGCCGGCUUUGUCUAUCCCAACCAAUAACGCCACGUUCCGAGCCCUAGCUCCCAAUCCCGCGCAAGCCGAUGAUGCUCAUUCAUCUCUGGUUGCCCUCGUGACAAACAACGGGGAACUGUUGAUUGCCGAUUUGAAGGCUGGGAAUCUGCUUUCGGGGCCGAAUGGACAGGUCUUGAAGACUGGUGUGAGCUCGGUAUGUUGGAGCAACAAGGGAAAGCAGCUUGUGGCCGGACUUGCCGACGGUACUGGAUACCAGAUGGCCCCGGAUGGCGCCCAGAAGGAUAUUAUCCCGCGUCCGUCCGAUCUGGAAGGCGAUUGCCAUGUGUCCUCCAUUGCUUGGCUCGAGAACGAUAUUUUCCUGAUGGUAUACACACCUAAUGCCGCGGAGGAUGACAUGGGCCAGGUGCCAUCCUCCUCUUACUAUAUCAUCACAAGGAAAAAGCAGGCUCCGUUCGAAAUCCGCAAGCUACCUGAGCUGUGCACUCCCUUCGGCUUCAAGCGUGCCCCUGCCUAUCAAUUCAUCGCACGGUUGCGAGAUUACAGGCCCCAUCUGAAGGAUGUUUUGAUCGUUUCUUCUACCGCAUCUACUGAUGUUGGAAUGAUCACUAGGUCUGAUCAGCCGCUUGCCAGCGAUGAUGCUGCCAAGGAAACUGUGGGGUUGUUUACUACGACUGAAGUGAAUGACGACACUAAGAGAGCUUCUCUUCCACUUAAGGACUCUGUUGAUGAGACUACUGUGAUUGGCCUGGGCAUUGAUCUGUCAAGUACAGAUGUGGUGAUUUCUCCAAUCCAGGGUGAAGACAUUGCUGAGAGCUCCACGCCCCUGCCAAACGUACUUCUGCUCAAUAAUGAGGGUAUUCUUUCCUCUUGGUGGUUCAUCUACUCCGAUUCAAUCCGACAGAAAAUUCCCUACCAUGGCCUUUCUUCGGUCGGUGCGCCUCAACAGGCCCCAGCUGCGACCCCAGCCCCGGCCCCUGCCGAACCCCCUAAGCAGCCUGCCUUUGGUCAAUCUGCCUUUGGCAGCCCAUCUGCUCUAGGAGCUUCAUCGGCAUUUGCAAAACCGUCUUCCGGCCCGGCUUUUGGCAGCCCUUCACCACUGGGUGUUCGCCAGCAGCCCGCGUUUGGAGCACCUUCUUUCGGAACUCCAUCUCAACUUCCAUCCUUCGGCACACCGAGUACAUUGAACCGUGGCUCGCCACAAUUUGGACAGUCGGGUUUCGGUUCAAUGGGAGCGAAACCAGCGUUUGGACAACCGUCAACGCCUGCGAAGGGGUUUGGCGCGCCGUCCUUCGGGACCUCGGGUGCCCCAUCAGGCGCUGGCUUCGGGUCAUUCGCGAGUGCAGGCGGGUUUGCUGGUCUAGCGUCGCAGAAACCGGCCGAAUCGCCAUUCAGUAAACCCGCGGGAGAAAGCCUGUUCGCGAAGCCGGCAGGCGCGUCGGUAUUCGGCAACCAAACUACUUCCACAACGUCUUUUGGCACGACUUCUCAGAAGAGUGAGGAGUCAAAAGGCUUGUUCGGACUCGGUGGCACUGGGUUCAAACUUGAGUCCUCCUUCAAGGGCGAUGGCAGCGCGGUGAACGAUGGUCCCAAACCAGAAAAGCCAACGGGAUCGUUGUUUUCCUUGGGUGAGUCCCUGGACGAGAUGGUUUCUACUCCCAAUAAAGCCAGUCCGCCUACAGAAAGUAUGGAUGAUAUGGAAGACGAAUCUUCUGCACCCCCGAAAGAGAAGCCUGAAGCCAAACCGGGUCCUUCGCUAUUUGGCGCACCGUCCAAGUUCGGAGCCACUGCUCCAUCAAAUAUCUUCGGCACCCAGACACAGGCACAAACACCCAAACCUUUUGGUGCGCCUCCAACAGACAAGUCCCCUUUCGCAAUGUUUGGAAAUAAGGCUGCCGAGAAGCCACCAUCUGCACCGUUCUCCCCUACAUCAGAAGCAACAGCAGUCCCUAGUCCUACUUUCAAAAAGGAGCCUUCGACCGAUGCCGAGAGCACCCCCAUCAAGACAGAGGUGGAAGCACCACUGCCUCCUGACUCAACCAGCAGAGCGGUGUAUGGACCUGGGGAUACAUCUGCUUCUUCCAACGUGUCUAAGAGCUCUGUUGAAGAAGCACCUCUUCCUCCAGACUUCACUCAAAAGCCAAAAGAGACCAGGGGUGCUGAGCCGGAAGAGGCGCCUCUUCCCCCAGACUUCACUCAGAAGCCGAAGGAGAGCAAGAAGGUUGAGCCGGAAGAGGCACCUCUGCCCCCAGAUUUUACAAAGUCAAAACCUGCAGCAGAUGACUCCGGGGAGCCUGGCCCCGUUCCAGAUGGCUCCGAUGCGGACGAAUCCGGUUUCACUGAUAGUGGAGAGGAUAUCACGCAUGAAGUUAGCGAGGGAGAAGGCGAAGAAGAAUCUGAGGAGGAGGAAGAUGAAGAAGAAGAAGGCGAACCUGAAGCAAGGGAGGAAACCCCCAAGAUUACGCCGGAGAGUUCGUUUGGUGCCUCUUUUGGUGCCGAAAAGUCCGACAAGAGUUCACUUGGAGGCUUAUUCUCUCGUGUAUCUCAGCCGGUUAAGCAUGAACAGCAGCCUCCACGACAAUUGUUUGGCGAGGUUGCGAAGCCCUUCUUUCCUCCAGGCCCCAGUGCGAAUCGUGAACCCCCACGAUCGCCGAGCCCGGUCAGACGUGGGGUAUCGGGGACCCUCUUCAAGCAUAAGAAGCAACCGCCUGGGAGUGCCCUUGCUGCUCGGAAGGCUUCACUAGGAGAGUCUGCGAGACGCGAAGGUCUUCUGACUCAGCCUUCUGCUCCUGCGUUCAGCCCGGAACAAGCUCAUAUUAGAGCGCAAGCUCAGCGCGAAGAGGAAGAGUCUCUGUCGCUCUCUGACGAUGAAGACGAAAGAUUGCAUGCUGAUCUUGCCCGGCCGGUAGAGCCUGUUCCAACUCUUGACCCUUUCUUGCCCCAUCAGGACUAUACAGGUGAAACAAGUAAGCCUGGUAUCCCGGGGCAGAUUGAAAAGCUCUAUCGUGAUAUCAACUCUAUGGUGGAUACGUUGGGCAUCAACUCUCGUUCCCUAUCUUCGUUCCUCCUCUUCCAGCAACAAGAGGAGGAUUCCGACUGGGUCCAGACAUUGGAAGGUGAUCAGCCAGCUGAUAUCCAGGAUCGGAACCUCCGCCUGUCGCAGAUUGAAAAGCUCGAUGAUGGUGUCACUCUCCUUGUUUCUUUGUUGGAAAACCAACGGUUACAAGGAGUAGACGAGAAGCUCAAGGGCUGUCAAGAUCUGCUGAGUAAAGAUAUCUUGACUUUACGUGGCCAAUGCGCCAGCAUCCGACGGACGCUUGACGCCUAUACCGAUGCGGCUGCAAUCGUUUCUGCGCCCUUGUCGGCCGAGCAAGCCAAUCUCCAACAGGAUCUUCGGUCGGCCUCCACGAACAUCCAAGCCAAGCUGGCUGAUUUGGAGUCGGCCGUGUCUCUGUUGCGAGCCCGGAUUGCGGACGCGCCCCGAUCUGACAGCUCCCGACAGUCUGCAAAACGUCCGACCGUCGAGGCCGUCACGUCUACUAUUGCCACGAUGAUGAACAUGGCCGAGAGCAAGAGUAGUGAUAUUGAUGUUUUGGAAGCUCAACUACGGAAGAUGGGUAUUGACACGACUGGCUCUCCGGCAAGUCGGGAGGGUUCCCCGUUCACCACACCACGGAAACCAGCAGGAAGACUUCCUGCUACCCCGGGCUCACGUGGAUCUAUUGACGGCGGAGUGAGCGCAUACCACACGCCCGAAUCCGCUACUCGAGGGGUCAACUUCCGAUCUAGUGUCAACGGGUCGGCCAGGGCAAGUCGUCUUCGGAACAUUGAAACCACGACCGGCCUCGCCACCAAGGAGAGUGCGCAAUGGAAGGCGAAGAUGCAGCGCCGACAACAGAUCGUUGGGGGCCUGAAACAAGCCAUCGAGCAGAAAAAGUCGAAGGUCAGGGGGGUGGAUGACGUGUAG